CUGGGGACGGUGGCCGGCAGGCGGAGGGGUUCUCCAUGGAGCAAGGGGAGGCUGGUUCGCCGCCGGUGGCCGAGGAGAAAGCUGGAGAGGAGGAUGACUUGGGUUACCGACUCUUCCCCGACCGCAAUAAGAAGCCGCAGAGCUUCUUGGUCCGCAGCUUAUUCACUUUUCACAACAAAUGUCAGCUGAUGCUGAGGAUGACCCUAGACACGAAUCCAUAUGCUCAGCUUCUUCUUGAGGCUAUGAAACAAUCUGGCUGCACUGUCUUCAAUGACCGGCAUUUUUCUUGUGAAAACUGUGAUGGCUGUGUCAGUGGAGGUUUUGAUGCUGCCACAUCUCAGAUUGUUCUGUGUCAGAACAACAUUCGCCAGCAAUCCCAUAUGAACCGGGUGGUGACGCAUGAAUUAAUUCAUGCUUUUGACCACUGUCGUGCACAUGUGGACUGGUUUAAAAAUGUCAAACACUUAGCGUGUUCAGAGAUUCGAGCUGCUAAUCUCAGUGGAGACUGUACACUGAUGAAUGAAAUAGCCAGGUUUAAAUUUGGAUUAAAAGGACAUCAUCAGACGUGUGUACGGGACAGAGCAAUCCGUUCCAUUUUGGCUGUUAGAAAAGUCAGCAAAGAGACGGCAGAAAAAGCUGUGGAUGACGUUUUUGAUGCCUGCUUCAAUGAUCUGGAACCUUUUGGAAGAAUUCCACACAGCAAAACAGAUGCAAAACGUGCUUACAGAGACUUUCAGAACAGAGAUCGCUAUAAUGCUAAUUUGUAAAGGAAAAACAUGGAAAAUUAUCUUAGCAUCUAAUUGUUCUGUAACAUCUGGGUUAAUUCUAUGCUAUUCUAUCUGGAGUGACAGCCUAUGCACACAGGGCUGGUGGAAGGGGCAAUUCUAUCAAAUGUAUCAAUAAUACAUUUUGUAAACUUGCAGGAGUCAGCUUCUAUGGAAGUAAACAAAGUAAAUGAACAAGACUAAAAAACAUGUUUCCUCACCUGUUGUUUCUUCAGUAUAAUUCAGCUCACCAACUCCCUUGGCAAUGGUCUGCACGUUUCAAUGCACAUUUAUUUCUUCUCAGGCUGACUAGCACUUGAUUUCUAGAAGGAUUGU